CACUCGCCUACACCGUUAUAUUCACGUCUCGCAAUGGCUCCCCACUCGCUCAUAGGAAAGCCUGCACCUGCUAUCAGCCUCCUCAACCAGCACGGUGAAACAUUCACAUUCACACCAGGCGCGUCAGGCGCGCCAGUCUGUGUGUUCUUCUAUCCCAAAGCUGGGUCCUAUGGAUGCACACGCCAAGUUUGUCAGUUGAGGGAUGCUCUGGUCGAUCAAGCCGAUUUCAAGGAUUCCAGGAUAGAGCUCAUUGGUAUCAGCUCGGACUCGGUUGACCAAUUGAAGUCAUUUGCGGACAAGCAGAAAGUCACAUACAACCUCCUCAGCGACAAGGACAAGGCUGUGCAUAAAGCUUACGACGUUCCGAAGGGACUUAUGGGACUUGUCGAUGCUCGUACUACUUACUUCAUCGACUCUGAGGGAACCAUUCGUGAUGUCUACGACGCCACCUUGAACUGGAGCUCGCACUUCGACUUUGUCAAGGAUUGCCUCGAGAAGUACAGCAAGGGUUCGAAGACCGAGACCGCCGCCCCGACAGAGGCCACGACCGCAGCGGAGCCUGCUCCUACCGCUCAACCCACCGCGGCGGAAGCUCUCGAGGAGGUCCCUCCCGCUGCGGCUGUUCAGGCUCCCGCUGCUCUCUAGAUUAACUUCCUUUAUCGUUUGGAUUUUGUCGUCGAUUCGUGUACGAAUACGUCUAUGAUCUAAUUGCUGGUCUGUAAUAAUGAAAUCGAGGUUUUUCGACACGACUUAGCAUUCCUGUCACGUUAAUGAUUAUGCACGUAGAGGCUUGUCUCGAAGAAUGCUUAUGUUCUGUUUGUUACAGAAUGCCAUGAGUACGCUGUGUGGCGCUGUGGCCCAAACUCU